AUGGAUAGAAUAACACGUCUGAAUCUGUUGUUCAGCCAGGACGAAGCCUUGUUGAGACUCGAUACUCAACUCCGGACUGUGCCUGAGGUUCAGUCCAACCGGGACUCUGUUCCUAUCAACGACAACGUAAACAUUGACAGGGAGCCCUCUACCACUACCAUUUCACAGCCGGUGCAGAGCCUCGGGCCCUCUAAACCAGCUACCGGUGAUGAGCAACGUGAGAAUGUGAGGGAGAAGGGUUCCGAAAGCGUAGCUCCAAUUCCUGGAUCUUUCAUACAGACAACUCCGAACGAUACCAUCCCGUCCCCUUCUCUAGAAGGCCCUAACGUGCCUCAUGACGGAACUUUCUCUCCUUUGGUGACAAUCUCAAGGUACGCCUACAAGUACGUCAAAGGCCCGCUAUCACAGAAAUUGGCCAGCGAAUUCUUCGAUGGAGGCAAGUUCUGGAACCGAUGUUGGGAUCUGUACUAUAUCAAGCUUCGACCUCUUACGGGCCCUCGUCAUUUGAUUCUCGUGCCCACGACCCAGGUCCGUGCCUUUUUCCAGGAGAUUAACCGUGCCCUGCAAUGCAGUUUCACUCUAUCAGAGGAAGGACUGGUUCUUCCCUUGAAUAAAGAAGGCUUUCCGCAGCCCAUAUUCAUAGGCAGAAGUACAUGUCGGGAAACGAAAGAUCGCCUUGAAUCGCAAAUCCCUGCCUCAUCGGAGGCGCCUCGUCCUUCGCCUGGGAUGGAAGAGCAGUUCACUGCUUUUGAGCAAAUGAUAGAGGCCGCAUGGGAAACAACUAGAAACAAAAAGAAGGUCUCUAAGGCCAAGCAGCAACAACGCCUGGAAAAUCAACAACGUCUAGUUGAGGGUCUCCGACGAGUACAGAGUUACCUGGGUCUCCGCUCCAGUGAGACAGAUGACCUGAUUGAUGACGCGGCCUGGGAGGAAAAGAAAGCCCAGGAACCGGUGCCUGAGACCCCCCGGCCGCUGCACAUGGAUCAGCCGGCGCCGUUUCCCUUCUGGAUGGAGCCUGUAUUUAUUAGUAUUGAUGUGGAAUCUAACGAGUAUCAUCAUAAGCAGAUAACGGAAGUGGGCAUAUCCAUUCUGGAUACGUUGGAUCUCGUUGGCAUGUCUCCAGCCGAAGCCGGGGCUCAUUGGAGGACUAAAAUCCAGUCGCGUCAUCUGCGUGUGGAAGAAUACGCUCACCACGUCAAUCAACACUUUGUCGCAGGCUGUCCCGGUAAUUUCGAUUUCGGAGCCAGUGAAUGGGUCUCAGCCGAUGAUCUGGGCGCUGUUGUGCAGAACGCCUUCCAAAUCCCAUCCUCAUCUUCUUCCACACGUGCACCACGUCAUCUAGUCCUUGUUGGACAUGCUGUAAGCAGCGACGUCCAGUAUCUCCGCCAGAUAGGAGUACGAAUGGAGCGCAAGCCAGAGGGAACAGCCGGGUUCAUAGGGGUGGUGGACACAGCGGAAUUCUUCCGUAUCAUUCGCGGUGAGCCGACCACGCGCAAACUGGCAGAUAUACUCCAGGAAUUUAACAUGACCGGCUGGCAUUUACACAACGCGGGGAAUGAUGCGCGAUACACCAUGGAGGUGAUGCUCUGCAUGAUGCUGGAACAUAGCCGAUGA